UGGCAACUCGACAAGACCUCAUUCAACAGCAACGAUGGCGGCCCCAAACGACCAAUUUUACAUCCGAUACUACUCGGGCCACAUGGGCCGUUUCGGUCACGAAUUCUUGGAAUUCGACUUUCGUGUUGUCGGAGAUGGUCGCAGCGCAGUUGCUAGAUACGCAAACAACUCCAACUACAGAAACGACAGCUUGAUUCGAAAAGAAAUGUGUGUGAGCUCCGCAGUCAUCGAAGAGAUUAAGCGCAUUGUCAAGCAGAGCGAGAUUAUCAAGGAAGACGAUUCCAAGUGGCCGCAGAAGAACAAGGAUGGCCGACAGGAGCUGGAAAUCCGAUUGGGAGGAGACCACAUUUCAUUUGAGACGGCCAAGAUUGGAUCAUUGGUUGAUGUCACCGAAUCAGCCGACCCCGAGGGUCUCCGAGUCUUUUACUACCUCGUGCAGGACCUGAAGGCCCUUGUUUUCAGCCUGAUAGCCCUCCACUUCAAGAUUAAACCAAUCUGAGCCGGCAUCGGCAUGCUGGAGAGACGGGCAGCGCAGAGUUAUGAUACCCAGUCGCCUCAAUGAGGCAUCGGCGAUGCGCAUGAUUGUCACAAGGUGUUCACGGUAACAACAUGCAUGGGAGAAUUAAUUCCAGGUCUAGGGUGGCGUAUGGGGAAAUGCAAAAGCAAUUUAUUGAUUCAAUAACAGGGCCAUGCGGAAGCCAUGUGGAAGCCAUAGGUAAUUAUAUGAAUCAGCAUAUCGGGAAUAUAGUCAGUAUGGGUACCCUAGAACGGCCCUCCCAUGGGGCAUUUCAAUCUUACAACUGUUAAA